CCGCACUUUCUGCACGGCGGCCUUGCACUCGCCUUAGCUUCCAGGCCUCCUGCGAAACAUCCGCUUGCCUCCGACAUAGGGGACCCAGAUUUGCACCUGAUAUUUUUUUCCCAGCCCUCUUCCCCCACUCUCCAGCAAAAAUCCCUUUUCGUCACCAGUUCUCCCCCAGUUGGCUUUUCCCAGCAAAACCCCAGGUCCCCUUCCCUAGGAAAGAAAAUAAGGAAAGGAAGCAAAAAUAACUCCCUUACAGCAAAACCCCCUUUCCCAUCUAGAUCUCCCCGGUUUAGUAUUGCUUUCUUCCUUCUUCCAAAAAUCGCCCACCUUUGCCUGACUUUACACCUGCGUGCUUGCUUCCUUGGAGACCGGAGAUCUGAAUGCCCCUUCUUUUCCAUCACCUGCUUUCAGGGCAAAAGAAGUUGGGUGAGUGUCCUGAAUUCACUACCCAGAGUUCCAGGAGGAAAUAUCCAGGGGUGUGACGAUCACCCGAAUCCCCUCCCCGUGGGCACUAAACUGGGCCCUCCUGUUUCCUGGAGAGUCCCUCCUUUGCCCUUCGCCUGGGAUCAGACAUCACCGAGAGCUUCUCCUCCCCGACUCACGCGGCCUUGCUCAUCGGGAGAGGAGCUGUUGGCCCAGACCUGGCCGUGACGAGCCAUGGACCAGUACAGCCUUGGGGACGAGGGCGCCCUUCCCCCGGAGAUGCACCUCCCUUCGUUUCCCGAGAGCCAGGGGCUCAACUGCAGCGACAGCCUCGACCAGGACCUGGGCCCCAGUGCCCGAGAGCUGCUCUACGCCGGCCUGAGUGGCCUGGGCCUGGACCCCGGCCUGCCAGCCCCCGACAUGCCUGGCGAGGCACUGGAGGACAACCUGGACAGCCUGUCCCUGUACUCGGGCAAGGACAGCGACGCCGUGAAGCUGCUGGAGGAGUAUGCAGACCCAGAGCCACAGGCGUCUCUGCAAGACCUGGGGCUGGGCGCCCUCAAGGUGCCGAAGGAGGCAGACGAAGGUGGCAGGGCCACGUCGGGGAGUGCUCGGAAGGGCAGGCGGCAGCACGCAUCCCCUCAGAACCCGCUCCUCGACUGCAGCCUGUGUGGGAAGGUGUUCAGCAGCGCCAGCUCCCUCAGCAAGCACUACCUGACGCACAGCCAGGAGAGGAAACACAUCUGCAAGAUCUGCGGCAAGGCCUUCAAGCGCCAGGACCACCUGACGGGGCACAUGCUCACGCACCAGAAGACCAAGCCGUUCGUGUGCAUCGAGCAGGGCUGCAGCAAGAGCUACUGUGACUACCGCUCACUGCGGCGCCACUACGAGGUCCAGCACGGCCUGUGCAUCCUCAAGGAGGCCCCCCCGGAGGAGGAAGCCUGCGGGGACUCCCCUCACGCCCACGAGGCCGCCGGCCGGCCGGCCCCCGGGGGCCCGCGUGCCCCUGCGCCCCCGGAGGCCCGGUCCCCUGGCCCCCUCUUGCCCAACCGGGACCUCCUGCGCUGCAUCGUGAGCAGCAUCGUCCACCGCAGAGCCCCCUCCCCUGGCCCGGCCGCCGCGGGGCCUCUGGACGGCGGGGAGGACAGGAGUGCGGCUGGGCCCUCCUCCUCCUGCGCGCCCGUGGGCAUGCCGGGGGCUCCCGACGUCCCUGAGGAGCUGUGUCCCCUACGGAAGGAGCCCUCCGCCGCCGUGUUCACGGCCGUCCACCCGAGAGCCGUGGAGAACGGGGGCACCGAGCCGGCCGAGCCCGAGCCGCCUGUGCUCCAGCACCAGGCCGCCCUGGAGGGCUGGCCCGAGGGCGGCCCGCUGCCUGCCCGCCUGCCUCUGUUCCGAGGCCAGACAGUCCCCGGCGGCUGCCAGCCGUCCAGCCACAACUUCCAGUGGCUCCGGAACCUGUCCGGCUGUCCCGCGAGCAAAGGGAACAGCGUGUUCGUUGUCCACAAGCCGCCUCCGGCGCUGUCCCGGGAGGGCUGCGAGGCCGGCCCCAGGCCCAGCGGCACGUCUCCUGCGGGGGAGCCCUUGCCCGGAGCGGGCACCGGUCUGGAGGACACGUCGCCCUACCCUGCGGCGCUCCUGAAGGCGCCCGGGGAGGCCUCGGGCGACCCCAGACACGCUGGCGGGGACGACGACGCCUGGGGUUCCAAGAAGAGCAAGCUCGACUGCGAGCCCUUCUCGUGGCAGAGCCCCGGGGCGCCCGGCCUCCAGGACGCCCACAGGCCCGGCGGCCUCCCGGCAGACGCCACGCCGCUUUUCCGGCAGCUCUUCCUCAAGUCCCAGGAGCCCCUGGUGAGCCACGAGCAGAUGCAGGUGUUCCAGAUGGUCGCCAAGUCCCAGCGGAUCUUCUCGCAGCUCCCCGGGCCCGAGGGCAAGCAAACCGCCCCGAAGCCCCGGCCGCAGCCGCCCCCGCUGCCGGCGGCUGCCCCUGUUGACUGUCUCCGCGCUGGCCCCGGAAACCCAGAGCCGGAGGGGUCCCCGGCCCGCAGGAGGAAAGCCACGCCCGCCUUCCCCAGAGAUGCCUCCCCGGGCGGCUCCCGGCGGGACACAAAGGGCCGACCGAAAAUGACCCCUGCUCCGCCGUCCCUGGCGGCCUCCUCCCUGGACCCUCCCGGGGACCCAGACAUCACGUCUCUGCCCAAGAAGCUGAGAUCCACUAAAGGGACCUUGGACCUGGGGGACAUCUUCUCUCCAGGGGCCCCCCGUCAGCCCCCGUCAGGUGGGGAUGAGCCCCUCGGAGCCCCGCUCCCGGGGAAGCAGGCCCAGGCGGAGGAUGGCGCAGCUCUGGGGGCCGCGAAAGGUGAGAAGAGCCAGGCCUGCGCCCGGGGCGGAGGCUACAGGCUCUUCUCCGGCAACCCCAGGUCCCAGCGCUUCUCUGGCUUCCGGAAGGAGAAGGUGAAAAUGGAUAUGUGCUGUGCGGCCUCCCCGAGCCAGGUAGCCAUGGCCUCCUUCUCGUCAGCCGGGCCUCCGGCAGACUCCCCCCAGGACGCGAAGUCCAAGCUGACGAUUUUCAACAGAAUCCAGGGUGGGAAUAUCUACCGGCUACCCCAUCCGGUGAAGGAGGAGAACGCGGCAGGUGGAUGUAACCAGCAAAAUGGGGGCCCCGCAGACUGGCCAGAGCUAGGGAGCACCUACGUCUGCAAGAAUUGCAGCCAGAUGUUUUAUACGGAGAAGGGGCUGGGCAGCCACAUGUGUUUCCACAGCGACCAGUGGCCGUCCCCUCGAGGGCAGCAGGAGGCACAGGGACAGGACAGAGACGGGGAAGACAGAGACAGCAAGGAGGGCAGCCAGCAUAGGAAGCGGAAGAAGCGUCCCCCGCCUAAGGCGCCGUUCGGGCCCCCUCCGCCCUCUCCCGUCGGGGAGCCGGGCCAGGGAGGCUGUCACCAGAGCUGCCUGCGGUCUCCCGUGUUCCUGGUGGACCGGCUCCUGAAGGGGCUGUUCCAGUGCUCGCCCUACACGCCGCCGCCCAUGCUCAGCCCCAUCCGCGAGGGCUCUGGGCUGUACUUCAACACGCUCUGCUCCACCUCCGCUCGCUCCGGGCCCGACAGGCUCAUCGGCGGCGUGAUUGAUCAAGUGGAAGGCUCUUUUGGCAUCUGCAUGGUAAAGGAUGACACCAAGAUCAGCAUUGAACCACACAUCAACAUAGGAAGCCGGUUUCAGGCUGAGAUCCCAGAGCUCCGGGAGAGGUCGCUUGCUAGAACGGAGGGCCAUGUAGCUCCUCUGGUCUGGAAGCCGUGGGGAGAUGUGACGACCAACCCGGAAACACAGGACAGAGUGACCGAGCUCUGCAACGUGGCCUGCUCCAGCGUGAUGCCGGGAGGGGGCACCAACCUGGAGCUUGCCCUCCACUGCCUGCACGAGGCCCAGGGCGACGUCCAGGUCGCCCUGGAGACCCUCCUACUCAGAGGACCCCAGAAGCUGCAGGCCCACCCACUGGCCGACUACCGCUACACAGGUUCAGACACCUGGACCCCCAUGGAGAAGAGGCUUUUCAAGAAGGCGUUCUGCACCCACAAGAAGGACUUUUACUUGAUACACAAGACGAUUCAGACAAAGACGGUAGCCCAGUGUGUGGAGUAUUAUUACAUCUGGAAAAAAAUGAUCAAGUUUGACUGUGGCCGAGCCCCAGGGCUGGAAAAGAGGGUCAGGAGAGAGCCAGAGGAGGCAGACAGGACAGAAGCCAAGGUCACUUGCAGCCCUCGGGAGAGACCCAGCCACCGCCCCACUCCCGAGUUCAAGAUAAAGACCAAGAGUUACAGGAGAGAGCCCAUUCUCAACGCCAGCCCCAACGCCGGCCCCAAGCGGACCCCUGAGCCGCAGGGGAGUGUGGAGGGCCAGGGCGUUUUCCCCUGCAGAGAAUGUGAGAGGGUGUUUGACAAAAUCAAGAGUCGAAAUGCCCACAUGAAGCGACACCGGCUUCAGGACCACGUGGAGCCCAUCGUCAGGGUGAAGUGGCCGGUGAAGCCCUUCCAGCUGAGGGAGGAGGAGGAGGAGGAGGAGGAGAUGGGGGCCGACGUGGGCCCCCUGCAGUGGUGAUUCCUGGGCGGUGAGCUGGGGCGGGGCAGCGAGUGGGGAGCGGCUGCCACCCUGCCCCUUGGCCUCUCUGGGAGGUCUGGGCCCCCCUCUGCCUCCCGCCCCCCCCCCCCCCCCCCCCUGCCCCUCAGAGGCCAGCCAUAAAUCAUCCAGAGAAGCUCCAGGUCCCCAGACCGAGGCCGUGUCCCUGCUGGCUGGUGCCAGAGGCUUCGUGCUCUUUAGGUUCAUAGUGUCUCCCCACUCCCAGAGCAGGGGGGCUUGCGGAGGGAGCGAGGCAGAUCUGGGUAGCUCUGAAAUCAUAGCCUCAGUUUGGGGGUUUGGUUACAUUUGUUAGAUAAGGCCAAGACGUCGAGAAUCAGUGGGAAAAUACCUUCAGAUCUCCAACCUGUUGGGGCCCCUCCCCAGGGGCGUCUCUCUGCAUUUCAGAUUCAGUCCAGAGUCUUGCAAUGACUUGUACAUUGUUAGGGUUUUUUGUACGUGUCGACUUGUAAAUCUUAUUAAAUUGGGUUCGUGAACCACUGUC